AUGGAGGGGAUGGAAGAUGAGUCCAAGAAGAAGAAGAGGAGGAGCAAGAAGCGCGCAAGGCUCAAGUCAUUCCUCCACUUCCCCAAGGCCCUCAAGAAGCUCCAUGGCCAUGGCCGUCCGAGCGCCAACCACAACCCAUCCCCUUCCCCCUCCGCCGCCGCCGCCGCUGGCUCGUUGCUCUCCGCGUGCAUGCACCCCCGGACCAACUCCUUCUCCGGCGUCCGCCAACGCCACGUCGCCGCCCGUAACCGCGACGACGACGACGACGAUGAAGACGGCGCUCUUGCCGUCAACUUCCGGUCUCUCAGAGUCGGCCCGACCGCCGUUCGUGACGACGACGACGACGGCGACGAUGAGGACGGCUCGUCGACGCAGGAGGAUGACGGUGGCUCUGAGAGCGAGGGGGGCGGCGUCUUGGCCGGGAUGGCUGCCAUGAAGGUGGUCUCCGGCGGGGGCUGCGGCGUGGCCGUGGUGACGCUCUCCGUCGCGCCGUACGAGGACUUCCGGCGGUCCAUGCGGGAGAUGGCGGACGCGCACGCGAGGGUGGAGGCCGCCCGCGUCGGCACGCGUCCGGCGCCGGCGGUGGACUGGGACUUCAUGGAGGAGCUGCUGUUCUGCUACCUCCAGCUCAACGACCGGGCGGUGCACAAGGACAUACUCCGGGCGUUCACCGACACCGUCGCCGCGCUCCGGAGGCGGCGCAGGGCACCGGCACUGAAGCCGAAGAGCAGGCGGACACGGCAGCCACGGAGGGGCGCCGGAGGAUCCGGCAUCGACGACGACGACGACGUCGACGAAGCGGUGGACUCGAACUCGUGA